AUGGCUGUUGGUGAGGCCCUGGUGCAUAUGAGGAUCACUGUCCUACACCUCUGCCUGAGCAUCUUGCUCUUCCUUUCUGGAUGGGCCCAGAUUGGCCACUCUCAACACCAUAGCCCCCCAGAAGUAGUGAUACCCUUGAGAAUAAAUGGCACCAAUAGAGCCAUGAGGCCCCCUAACUGGAUCUCCUACAGUCUUCACUUUGGAGGCAAGAAACACAUUGUCCACAUGAAAGCCAAGAAACUUCUGGUGUCCAAACCCUUCUCUGUGUUCACCUACACAAAGCAGGGUGCUCUGCUUGAGGACCACCCUUUUGUCCAGAGUGACUGCUACUAUGAUGGCUAUGUGGAAGGGAACCCAGAAUCCCUGGUUGCUCUUAGCACCUGUUUGGGGGGCUUUCGAGGAAUACUAGAGGUCCAUGACACUGUUUAUGAAAUCAAACCCAAAAGACUUUCUACCACAUUUGAACAUCUGCUUUAUAAGAAGGACAGAGAGAAGACACAAUUCCCACCCAUGAGAUGUGGACUAACAGAAGAAGAACUAGCACGACAACUAAAGCUCCAAAGGCGUAAUAAUUCCAUUCUGAGGCAAAGUGGUUAUGAAGGCUGGUGGACCCACACAUGGUAUCUUGAAGCAGUUUUUGUUGUAGAUUAUGAGCAAUACCUUUAUAAGAAAAGUAAUGUCUCACUUGUGAUAGAGGAAUUAUUUGUCAUUAGCAAUACUGUACAUUCCCUUUUAUGUAAAGUGGAUGUUGAAUUGAGUUUACAUGGAAUUGAAGUCUGGAAUGAAAAGAACAUUUUUGAAGUGACUAACAACAUAUACACUGUCCUGCAGCACUUUUGCAGCUGGAAGAAAGAUAGUCUUGAUCCUCGCCUAAAAAAUGACCUUGCACAUUUUUUGGCAAAACAAGAUUUUGAAAUACAUCUUGGCUUAGCCUAUGUGGGAAGUGUAUGUGAUGUUGGUUUGCAAUGUGGAGUGAAUCGUGCCCUGGGAGAUAAUUUACAUGAAUUUGCACUUACCAUAACACAUGAAAUGGGUCAUAAUCUGGGUAUGUUGCAUGAUGAACCUGAAUGUAUAUGCGGGGAUACUAUUUGCAUCAUGUAUCCAGAAAAAUCAAAUGGCAUUAAAUUCAGCAACUGCAGUUAUGCUGAAAUGUGGGAAACCUUUCAAUAUAUGAACUGUUUGCGCAGUGCACCAAAACAAGAAGACAUCUUGAAGUGGACUGGCUGUGGGAAUGAUGUGGUUGAAGAAGGAGAGGAGUGUGACUGUGGAUCCCCAACUUUGUGUUCAAACCAUCCAUGUUGUUCGGAAAACUGCACUCUGAAAUUUGGGACUGAAUGUGCUUCUGGGCUUUGUUGCGAAGACUGCCUUCUCUUGCCACCAGGUAAAGUGUGUAGAGAAAAUGUCAGUGAGUGUGAUCUUCCAGAGUGGUGCAGUGGUACCUCACCUGAGUGUCCAGAAGAUGUGUAUGUGCAGGAUGGGGUCUGUUGCAUGGACAGUGGCUACUGCCAUGAGAAGAGAUGGAAUGCACGUGACGAACAGUGCAGACAGAUCUUUGGCAAAGAAUCCAGGAGUGCACAGGAGAGUUGCUACACAGAAAUGAACAGCCGAGGUGACCGCUUUGGUAACUGUGGUCUCAUUGGUGAGAACUAUGUGAGGUGUAAUAAGUCAGAUUUCCUCUGUGGAAGAGUUCAGUGUGAGAAUGUGAAAGAAAUUCCCUUUUUAAGAAGUCACACUACUGUGCAUUGGAUUGACAUCAAUGGUGUGACCUGCUGGGGUACCGACUAUCAUUUUGGGAUGACCAUACCAGAUAUUGGUGAUGUGAAAGAUGGCACAGAGUGUGGUAAUGGACAAGUGUGCAUACACCGGAAGUGUGUCUCUAUGUCAUUGUGGGCAAGUGAUUGUUCACCAGAGACCUGUGCUAUGAAAGGGAGCUGCAACAACAAACAUCACUGCCAUUGUGACCCUAAUUGGGAGCCCCCAAACUGCACAGACAAAGGCUAUGGAGGGAGUGUUGACAGUGGCCCACCCCCUGGGAAAAGAGUGAAAGAAUGGAUGGAAAAGAGGAAGGGACCUUUUUUUUAUUUCCAUUUUUGGUUUUGUUUAUGA